CAACCCCAACGAGCACAGCUGCAUCCGUCUCGAAGCCUUGCGAUACCAAGCCUUCACCCCCUCGCACUCGACGUCUGGAAAUAGGGAGAAAGCCUGCUAACAGGAGUUCGCCACCACACAGACAACUUCGACUACUCAACAACCGCAAACAUGGGAAAGGUUCACGGAUCCCUCGCUCGUGCCGGAAAGGUCAAGUCUCAGAACCCCCAGGUUGAGCCCCAAGAGAAGAAGAAGACCCCCAAGGGCCGCGCGAAGAAGAGGCUCACAUACACCCGCCGUUUCGUCAACGUCACCAUGACCGGUGGCAAGCGCAAGAUGAACCCUAACCCCACCUCAUAAGCCAAGCACGAGAGGAUGGGCGCACGAAACGAGCACGAUGAGCUAGAGAAUAUGGUCAUGAAUUCGGUUUCCUCAGCACGGCUAUGACUCUGGAUCAGAGGGAGUGGGAAUCACGGACGUCGCCACGGCGCGUUCCUUAUAGCAGCAUGAUCCCACACUUUGGGAUGAUGGGGGCAUGUCAUGGCGUAAAUGUAUAUUCGGCUUUUUGUACGGCUGCAUCACAAAAUCUAGCUGCUUGUGAU